AUGUGUGCUUCUUUUGUUCCUGGAUACCACGGCGCCCUGUGGAGAGGGUUUCCCCCACUUGGCGUGACUACUUCCAAGAAGUGAAACUAGCGCGAUACUUAUACUUGUGGUUUCCUCACCCGUAAACUCGUCUUUCCCAGGGCCCCAUUGUCGACGAUGUCCUCUUCGCUCUCAGAUACCUUGCCAGACAAGAAUAGCAGAACGUUCGGUGUGUCGGAUGCUCAAGGGCCAGCCCAAAUGACCUUGGGUCCUGAGCGGGAGCGGAGACUGUGGUGGAAGAUCGACUUUCGCCUCGUGCCAAUGAUUUCUCUCAUGUAUUUGUUUUCGUUUAUGGAUCGCGGUAACGCAAAACUCGAGGGUUUGACGACCCAGCUUCAUCUCACUGGAAGUCGGUACAAUGUCGCUUUGGUGAGUGGAAUAAUGGCAAGUACCCGGCAUGUUUUUCUGACAAAAUUGAAUGUAGUCCGUGUUCUUCAUAGUAAGCUGUCUCCGACCAUUAAGCUCGCAUGGGGCGUUAUUAUGACAUUCAUGGGCCUCGUAAAAUCGUAUCCGCAAUUGGUUGCAAUGCGCUUUCUCCUGGGAGUAGCAGAAGCUGGCUUCUAUCCAGGCGUCACAUUUUAUUUGUCCAUGUGGUAUCCAAGAUUACAAAUUGACUUAUCGUUUAGCCCUCUUUACUGGUGCAGCAGCAGCAGCGGGUAUGGACACCCUGUUGCUGAUAGGAUAAUCCAGGGUUUGGCAACUAUAGUCAUAUGCUUCGUUGGAGCACUUGUACUGGCUGACUACCCCGACACGGCUAGAUUCCUCAGUCCCGAGGAAAGGCAGUUCGUGGAACAACAAAGAACGCUCGAUAUUGAAGAGGAGGGAAAGGGUACCGUUACACAACAUAUCUUGUCUGCUUUCACGGACUGGCAGGUCUGGGCGAUGGGCUUUGUGUUGAUGUCUUUUGACGUACCAAUAUAUGGAAUUACAUUCUUCUUGCCCUUUGGUUACAAUACUGCCAUUAGUCAGUUGCUGACGGUCCCCGUUUACGUGGCAGCAACACUCUUUAUGAUCACUGCUGCACACUUCUCCGACACCAUGAAGAUACGUUUUCCAUUCAUAAUUGCCUCUGAAAUCGUCGGCCUAGUUGGGUAUAUUAUUCAAAUCACGGAUGCUUCCACGGGUGUCAAGUAUUUCGGCACGUAUCUUGUUGUUAUCGGAAUCUACACAGGAAUCCCUUGCGUUGUUGGAUGGCUUGCGAAUAACCUCCAUGGCAAGUAUAAGCGAGGAGCUGGCACGGCACUGCAAGUCGGAAUGGGGAAUCUAGGAGGAAUUAUUGCAAGCUAUAUCUUCCGAACACAAGACGAGCCACGAUAUGUACUUGGGUUCGCCAUUGAGAUCGGGUUCUUGUGCAUGGGAAUGAUCGUGACUGCUUUCUCGGCGUAUGCCUAUCAUCGUGCCAAUACGGCCAGGAUUGCUCGUGCAAAAAGGGAUGGGAUAAACGAAGCUAAAUAUGCGGUUGAUAUAUACGCUAUUUAGGUUUCAUGUUUCAGGAAGUGAAUAUGCCCUCCGAUACACUUUCCCCAAUACGUAGCUACCUUCAUCGAAAUAACAUGCUAUGAUAGUACCUUCUUAUGAUCUGGGACAGGUACUUGUGAUCCGACUCUUCUGAUCGAUAUCAAUCCAGCUUCAUCCUCGGAGCGACGUUCGUGAAGCGGGUGCGGGUGGAGCAGUUCUCGACGUGCUUAAGUUGUAAUUGUCCAGGACGUACACGUGCUCCUGGGCAGAAGGAAUUGGCAUAUAUAAAAUUAUCAUUAUCCGUGGAUACUACUACGUGACUCGUGAUAAUAAUCCCUC